AUGUCCAGUCAAAAGCUAGCCGAAAGCACGAAUUCAGGUUAUGUGAGCUCUGAAGAAACUGAUUCACUGCUUGUAUCCAAUACGCCAAAAUGUAAGUCCUCCGUAUUAAGGCACAUAAAAAUGAGCUCAGUAAAUGGACCAACUGCGACGAGCAUGAGUUCUUCCUCGACCGGAAAGCCAGCGUUAAUACGCCAGGAUCGUACUUCCACUUAUCUUACGAGUCCCCAGCUAUCCCAACAAACUCGUCUUGGAUCGGAGGAAAGCGUACGCGGUGUCGGGGGAGAUGAUGACAUCGAACAGGGACUACGGCCGGGAGUAGUACCCGAUAUUGAAGUAUAUGAAGAAAAUUCAAAUAAACAGCAAACAACCCAGAAAAAAUUAGAGUCGAACCAUUUAAAACAGCAACAUGCACAACAAUCGAAUUCGCGAUCGCAACUUCUGCAACAAAUUUCUCAACCAACCAUAUCAAUAACGAAUUUGAAUACGUAUCAGACAUUAGAAGAGUAUGGUAAUCCGCAUAGUAAUCCAAAUUUGGGAACAUCAUCAUAUCAGAAUCUUUCUUGUGGUAUUUCUACCAGUGUACAAAAUCGUUGUCGCGCUUGUCGUAACUGUAGUCGACGAGCAUCAACUACGCCUCUCUCCACUACAGCCAGUGUUGGUAUGGACCGCUCAACGUCGAAAGACAGUGUCAAAAGUGCCUUUCAACAGGGUAACCUGUCGAUUUCCAGCUCGGCGAUGCAACAAAACGCCCCACCGUCUGUUUUAGUUACUUCGUCACCUACGAAUGGAUCUCGCAUAAUCCGUCAAAGCUCUCAGCCAGAGUCCAGUACCACAGCCAUUUGUUGUGGAGCACAUAGCUCUUGCGGGCACUCGCACACCGUUCCGAACGUUUCUCUGAAGAUUUUGCGAGAUAGUGCGACCGAUGGAAUUGCAGGAAUAGCUGCCGAUUCGUUACGCAUAAACGGUGGUAUGCGACCUUUCAAACAGGGUGUUCUUCUAAUGCCCCGAACAUUGUCCGAAAGCCGAAAAUUACGCCUAAGAAGAGCUUUUACAGAAGCAACUAACGAAACACUCCAAUGCUCUAAAAUGUUAGGGGAGCCCAAUGUAUGCCUGCUUUUCCAAAAUGCACCGUUAAGCUAGAAUAAAUAGUUUUAAAACACAAUUAUUUAAAAAAGUUGAUAAAUAUGAGUAGAAAACACAUAUCAUACAUACGAGGAUGUAUGCACAUUAAAUUCUAGUCAAUAUAAACAUGUAUUAGUAUUAGAGAUUCCCAAAAAAUGUCUGUGAAAGCACCGUUAUGUGUAAUCAAUUUUAUACAGCUAUAUUCAAAUGCAUCUUUACUUAAAUAUAAUUAAAUGCACACGUUUUAUUUGUAUUUCCGCUGCAUUCACUGCCACACCGUUUCCUGCUU